UCGUGUUAUUUUUUUUUCAUCGCGGGAUCUGCGUGUCGUGUGCGUGUGGUGAAAAACGAUGUGCCUCGGUGUGCGCAGAUCGCCGGGCGAAGGGCGGGCUGCCGUGCUCGGCGACGGAGGGCACGCUCCGAGAGGUUGGUUUCGCUCCCUUGGUUUCAGGGUUGCAGUUACCAAUGGGGCUACAGGAUUGCAUAUGUGCAACAGUGUAUUUUCUCCUUGUGGAGAGAUUGUUGUUGUGCGGAUAAUGGAAGAUCAUAAUGGCCUUUCAAAGGUGGCUGAUAUCACCGAUCCCUAUGAAUCAGCUGUUAUUUCACUACCUUCAGCUGUCAAUAAACUCUUACUUCAUAUUCUGCAUCUUGGAAUUGGCACUCGAUACGAUAUUGACAUCCAUUGCGUAAAGAGCCUCAAUGAACUUCCUGAGUCAUCUGCUGUUGCCGUCCUUAAUCAGGCGUGCAGUUGUGUCACUUUUUGAUAUCAGGUGGAGAUAAACACAAUAAAGGAGACUAUUUUGCUUCAUUAAUUGCUAAGCACCAGGCUCCAACGGUCCAACCUUUGGCUUAGUUCACACGUUACAUGGUACCACUUAUUUGCCAAGAAAUUCUGAAGAUUAUGACUACACGGCAUCCGGGAGCACUAGAUACAGCUCUACGGGCCAUUAUCCUUCCUCCUAUUAUGUUGAUGAUCCACCAGUGUCUCAGUCAAGGAUUAGAAGAUACGCUGAAGAAAGACCCACCAUGGUACGCAACGCGGAACCAAGGCCUCGACGAGAAGAAAUAGCUAGCAUCAGACGAUACCCAGAAUCAACAUUAGUGCAUGAAUCGAGACACAACACUGGAAAACAUCUUGAUCAAAGAUACAUGCAAGAACGGAGCUCAAAUAUUGAAAGGUCACCUGAAGAUGUUUUGUCUAGGGAAAGAAGAUUCUGCCUGCUGCAGGGUACAACACAGACGUAGGCCUGGAAUUCCGCUCCAGGUCUUCUGCUGAACGCCAACAAGUAAGGUUUGAUCCCUUCACGGGGGAGCCCAUCAGGCCAGAACCAAACCAGCGGCGCUCAGGAAGCUUGUACUGAUCGAUUGGCUGAAGCGACACUGGAUAUGUCUGAUAAGAUCAUGUUCCUGAAGCGAAGCUAGAUCUGGAUGUGUUCUUAUCUGUUAAGUGCCUCAGUGAGCUGUUGCUUUGAAGCCUGCAUAUCGAGUUCCCGAGCCCUAAUGCAUGGACUAGCAUGUUUUAUUUAUGUUCGAUAUGUCAUCUUGGUACUUAAUGUCAGAGGGACUUUUGUGCCUACGUCGUAUAAAUACUAUGGUCGAUAAAACAUCCAAGAAUACAAUGCUUUUGUUGGUAUUUUCUUGUGAUAAUAAAGUAGUAGGGCCAGUGUGGAACCGCAAAUGCUACGUGCAUUGCAAGUGCUCUUUUGCCGAUUCUUCU